UUCUUUGUAGAAGUUUAAAAAUUAAUUAUUGUUAGUAGUAGAUUUAGUAUAAUUAUAUUUACUUAUCAAUAAAAAUGGCUAUGGUAACUCCAUCACCGCCUAAUAUUUCGGCUCGUAUAUUUUAUGGACUAAGCACAGAUAUUCAAUACAAUGCCCAUUACUUGACUGAAUCUGAGAUCCUGUACCCCGCUGGAGGUGUCAUUGUGAUUCAUAACCAUCUUCAGAAGAAACAGAAGUUCAUCAGACUCCAAGAUAAACACAAACCUAUCAAAUCUUUGGUUCUUGCACCAAAUAGACGAUGGCUCGCUUUAAACGAGAUAGCCGAGGAAGGUCAAAAGCCUAUAAUCACAAUUUACGACUUAACCACGUACAAACGUCGAAAGAUUUUGACCGUCCCCUUCGAAAACUCGCAAGCGAGAGAAUUCGCUUGUAUACAGUUUACCUACGACUCGAAAUAUCUCGUAGCUAUUACGGGAGAACCAGACUGGUACUUGUAUUAUUACAACUGGGACAAGGGUAAGGUUGAGAGCCACGCUAAAGCGCAAAAUCCUAGUGGUCAAGGCAUCGUUUCGAGCGUGCAAUGUAACCCCACGGAUGCUACUCUAGUAGUCAUAACUGGACCAUACACGUUCCGCAUAAUGAACGUUUCCGAAACAGUGUGGAGACAAUGGGGAUGGUGCAAGGCUGAAAACAUCAACAUAACUAGCUGCAUGUGGUUGACGCCGGACCGCAUCAUGUUCGGUACGGAGCACGGAAUGAUCAUGAUGGUAGAAAAUGGCGAACUUCGACAGAACUGCAUAUUUCGAGCAACUGAAGUUAUGGAAAUGUCGCUAAAGAAGGUAGAGACAGAACAAGAGCAACAAGAAGACAGAGUGAGCACAUCAAGCAAGCAAGACUCUGCUAGUAGUACUGACAAAGAUGAAGAAGAAAGCUAUCCCGUAACAUGCUUUGUGAACUUUGCCAAAGGAUUUGUUUUCGGUUGUGGCCCAGGCUACGUUCACAUGUUUGAAAAAGAGACGCUUCAUCAUUGGAGAAAGAGAAACGUUUUUAGAAUUUCUAAAAAAUCUUACAAACAUACUCGAGAACACCCGCUGUGGUCUACUCUCGACGAAAUACAACACAUUACAAUUGAUCCCAAUCAAGAAACUCUGCUUAUCACAACAUUGAGGAAACAGCUGUACUAUGUCAAGUUGUUUGGGCAGCAUAUGUUGCAGAAUCCAGAAAUACCAUUCAUAGAACUGGGACCAGCAAUGCAUCACGGUCGGAUAAACUCAUUGUCCAUGUGCGCUUGGAAGCCCAUAUUUAUGACGUCAGGAGAAUUGGACAAGAGUAUAAGAAUUUGGAACUACAUGACUGAUGACGUCGAGUUGAUAAAGUUGUAUCAGGAAGAAAUCCAUUGCGUGUCCUUACAUCCUACUGGUCUGUUUGCUAUAGUUGGUUUCUCGGAUAAGCUUCGUUUCAUGGUGGUUUUGAUAGACGACUUUGAAGUGAUGAGAGAGUUUCCCAUAAGGAAUUGUAAACAAGCCAAGUUUAGUACGAAUGGACAGAUUUUUGCCGCCGUCAACGGUCAAGUCAUACAAGUGUUUUCAUCCGUAUCUUUUAUGAAUAUUUUUAAUUUGAAAGGACAUAAUGGAAGGAUUACGUGUCUAGCAUGGUCAGCCAAUGAUUUAACAAUGAUAUCAUGUGGAACCGAAGGCGCGGUGUACGAAUGGAGCAUGGUCACCGGACAAAGAGUCGGAGAAAUUAUAUUGAAAACUAACCAAUUCUAUGGAUGUGCCGUAAAUGGGAACGGUAAAACAUCUUAUGGUGUAGGAUCAGACGGAGAAAUUAAAGAAAUUGGUGCUAACACUAUUAGAAGAAAUAUGGGAUUGAUUGGUGCUCCACUAGAUACCGUGGUACUAUCACGGUCAGACUUAAUGCUGUUCAUAAGCGGAGGCCUCGGUGGCAUCACCUCCAUACAGCUACCAUUACUAGAUAAACCUAUAUUUAACGAGUUUCACAUGCACAAUAAGAAAGUAACCUGUAUAGCACUUUCAUAUGACGAUCAGACUUUGGUAUCAGUCGCAGAAGAUGCCUCCAUAUGCUUAUGGAGACUCACCAACGCUGAUGGUCGAGCUAUUGCUCUAGACAAGGACUUUGCGUACUCCAAAGAAAUAUUAAUUAGCAAGAGAGAUCUACAGGAGAAAAUAAACAACAUUAAUUUAUUGAGUACGCGAAUGAGUGAACUCGAAACGGAACACACUUAUCAGCUGCGCCAGGCCGAAGCGACACAAGCAGAAAAACUGAAAGAGGUCCACGAAGGCUACUGCGCAGCUAUCGAAGAACUCAAGGAAAAGAAUGAGCAAAUGGAAAACGAACACACUCACGAAAUAGGCAUGAUUCAACAAGAUAUCGCGAAGUUGCGGUCAGGCCAUGAGAGAACGUUGCAAGCUUUAGAAGCCGACUUCAAUAUCAGACUCAUUAGCGAGUAUGACAGAUACCAGAGCCUUGAAGACAAGACGGCGAGAAUGCGCAAAGAUUAUGAGCAGAGACUUGAAGAACUGGCUGAAAGUAAACGUCUUGCUCUUAGAGAAAUGAACAAUAAGUUCGAAGCAAAGUUGGAAGAGAAAGAGCUCAUGUUGCAAGAGUUACAAGAACAAGCAGAUAUGGAGAAAAAAGAACAUGAAACCAUUAAAACGUCUAUUGAAGAAGAUGCUGACCGCGAAAUUAUUGAGAUCCGCACAGCAUACGAAGUACAGCUGAAGGAAGAGAAGGAUGCUAACGUGAGGCUCAAGGGAGAAACUGGGCUUAUGAAAAAGAAAUUGAUUAGUGCCCACAAAGACAUUGACGAAUUUAAACAUCAAAUAUCACAGCUAAAAGCUGAACACAAACAGUUCCAAAAAGUAAUUUCAACUCUUGAAAGAGAUGUUGCCGAUUUGAAGAAAGAAAUUGGAGAAAGAGACAACUCUAUACAAGACAAAGAAAAGCGAAUUUACGAAUUAAAACGAAAGAAACAGGAACUUGAGAAGUAUAAGUUUGUAUUGAACUUCAAGAUCACUGAGUUGAAAAAUCAGAUAGACCCGUUGGAACGCGAAAUAAAGGCGAAAAAAAUCCGCAUACUCGAGUUGGAAGUUUCAUUGGAAACUCUUCUAAAGAAAAAAGCGAUCCGCGAGCUUAAAAUUCAGCAGCUCAAUGAAAAAUUGGGCUCAGCUAAAAAGGACUUCUUGGCCGAAGCAGAUCGAAACUUGACAUUGAAAAAUACGCUAAAGAAAAUUAAGAUUGAUCUGCACAAUAUGACGGCAGAGUUCCAAGAUCCUUCUAAAUUAAAGUUGGCUGUGAAAACCUUAUUUCACAAAUACGUCGAGGACAUUGAUUUUGUCCGGAGUCGCAUUGCGGAUGACGAGGCGGUUCGCGAGUUCAAUCGUCAGCGAGAUCACUUGGAGAAGCAGGUGGCUGGCUUGAAGCGCCAGCUCGCUAAGGCUCUAGGUGGCUCUAAGAGCGACAUUGGGAAGAUUAUGGACGAAAACUGCACAUUGCUUACUGAGAUUAACAAUCUGCGUACCGAGUUGAAAACUACCCGUACUCGAUGCUUUCAAAUGGAGUCCAUCUUGGGCUUGUCUGCGCGGUACAUACCGCCUGCUACCGCGCGGGCCAAGCUUAAACAAGUCUCCGAGGACAGGGAGAAACUUGAUGAAAAGUUCAAGCAAAAGAUCGAGGAAAAAGAAGGAGUGAUUACGGCUUUGAAGCAAGAAAACGAGCGACUACUUGACAAAGUAAGAUGUGUCCAGGAAAACCCUACCCACGAUACUGAAAAGAUGUAGUACAUACUUGUAUAAUUAUGAUUACUUGCUUAUAUUAUGGUUUGAAUGUUCAAUAAAGUGUAUUUUAAACUUGUG